AUGCCACCGACCCCUCCCUUAACAAUAACCUUAAAAUCCCACACAACAACCCUUUACCUCCUCCUCCCCGCUUCAACCCCCCUCACGACCUUAACUACUACUCUCUUCGAAACUCUAACAACCUCCUCUCCUCACCUUCCCUUAACCCCACCAACUUCUGUUUCCUCCUUAAAACUCGGUCUUCCAAAGGACACGAUCCCGGUUACAUUCCAACCUCUCGACGAAUCGAGUCUGAGGGGGAAACCCACAUUAACGAGUCUGGGAAUCAAAGAUGGGACUAUUCUAGCGUUUGAGGUAGUUAAUGAUGAUUAUGAGGGAGAAUGGGAUGGGGAGUUUACGGUUGUUUGGGCAAGUGAUGAUGAGGAUCAAAGUCAGAGUCAGAGUCAAGGGCAGGGUGUUUAG